AUGAAAAUUGUUAAAUUAAUUCUGUUGGUAGUGUUGUUAUGUCCCUACAAAUCAGCACAUGGUGCUGAUGGUGUUGAUAAAUCCCAAUCAAGUGGAGCAAACUCUCUUCGAGCUUCUCCGGGAACUCAGGCUAGUACUCCCAGUAGUGGAACAACUACACCUUCCGCCAAAUCUAGUGGAACUAAUUUAAAACCAGUUACUCUUGAUAUUACGAAGACCAGGAGCACUAAUGAUUGCCUAUACUCUGACUAUGGUAAUUAUGCAACAUUUAAUCCUAAACCUGGUCAUGGAUUUUCUAAGAUUGUGAAGAGGAACAAGGCUGUUUGGACGGCUAAAGAUGAUUACGCCACCGGGGUGUUUCUCAAGGAUCUGGGUGAUAAAAAAAAGGAACUUAGUAUUUCCCUUGGUGAUAAAGUGAUAAUUCUUAAAAAGGAAGGCAGAAAGAAGCCCUGGAUCGACAUCACCAGUAAGAGAAAUGGUGAGAACCCCAAUGCCAAUGAUGGUAGUGCUACAGUUGAUCCAUCUAAUGCAAGUUCUACAGGUGUUUCACAUGGUAUAAAUCUUUCAGUACAUUCGUCUGAUAGAAGGCCUACAACUGAUCCAUCUGGUAGAAGGCCGGCAGAGGAUUCAUCUGCUAGAAGGCCUCCAGAGGAUUCAACUAGACGUUGA